GUAAAAAUGGCUGAAGUUGAUUUCGGGGAUAGUGAGCUCUUUCAGCAGCUUGAUGACUCCGCGCCGCCGGUACCGACGCACAUUCGCUUCACAGAUGAUGAAGAAAACCAGGAGGAGACGAGCCAGCUUCGGAGCAGGCUGGAGGAGUGUGAUGACUACAUUCAAAGACUCACUGAGGAGAAUAAAUGUUUAAGAAGGAAACUGAACAUCCUGACACGGCCGAGCGGCAUCACAAUUAAAGAUGUCAGCAUCGACGGGCCACUCCUGCAAAUCCUUUACACAAACAACGGUAUUUCAAAGCAGUGUCGCCAAGAAAUUGAAGAUUGCAUCUGCAGUGUGAUUCUGAAGCACCAGAAAACAGGCCAUGAUAAGAAAAAAUCCUCCUCUCUCAUGAAACCUCAGAAUUCAGCUUUUGUUCUGGAUGAAGAUCCGCUGAAGUCAUCUUCCAGUAGUGUAAAAACAGCAACAGAAGCCUUUAAAGUGGUCGGAAGUGUCUUAUAUUUCACUGCUUUCAGUGUUGAUAAAAUUGGACAGCCUCUGGUCAGUGAAAACCCCCAGAUGACAGAUGGAUGGGACAUUCCAACCUAUCACCAGGUUUUCAACCAAGUUGUCGGAACAGAUGGACAAGAAAUCGAAAUGAAAGACAAAAGACCCAAGUCCAUGUGUUUCAACUGCGGUUCCAGCAGUCAUCAACUAAGAGACUGUCCAAAGCCUAAAGACAUGGCUGCAAUUAAUGAGAGAAGAAAGGAGUUCAAUCAAAACCACAACCAGGCCAUGCAGAGUAACCAACGAUACCAUGCUGAUGAAGUGGAGGAGCGGUUUGCCAAAUACAAGCCUGGAGUAAUGAGUGAGGAGCUGUUGACAGCACUGGGAAUUGAUGGCAGCACCCUCCCUCCUCUGAUUUAUCGCAUGAGGCAGCUAGGCUACCCACCAGGUUGGCUCAAAGAGGCAGAGAUGGAAAACUCUGGCUUAACACUGUAUGAUGGAAAUGCUUCAAAUAAUGGCAAUAUAUCAGACAACAGAAACAUCUCUUAUGAUGUUUCCAAACUGGUAGAUUUCCCAGGGUUCAAUGUACCUACACCAGAAAAAGUGAAAGAUGAGUUCCUGCAGUAUGGUUCGAUUCCAAUGCAGAGCAGCCACAUGAAGCAAAACUAUGCAGCCUACCUGUCCAACAACUUUCCUAUGCCUGGUGCCACCAGCAACAAGAGGCGCCAUGAACCUGACUCAUCUCCACAGCUAAGGAAAAAGAAUCGGCCCAGUCCUGAUCACAACUCAGACAGGAGCUCAGAUAUGGACAUUGAAUCAGAUCCAGGCACACCUUAUCAUAAUCGUGGACCAGGUGACUUUCAGUUCCAACCACCACUGCCCCCUGGCUCUCCCUGCUUCAGUUCGCCUCCUCCUUUACCCCAGGGCACUCCUCCUGCUACACCCACUCGCCCACCUCUCCCUAAAGGUACACCUCCUCCCACACCCACCAACGGCUCUCCUGCUCUGCAAGGGCAGAGCUGGAUAGUAGUUGAUCAGACUGUGGAGGAAGCAGAGGAUGACCUGACGCUGGAGGAACUGGAGGAGCAGCAGAGGCUGAUUUGGGCAGCUCUAGAAAAUGCUGACACUGCCACAAAUAGUGACUGUGAGACACCUGCAAUUGGAACACCUGUACCCAGUUCACCCAGUGUGUCCACGCCGGCACAUAUUGAGACAGAAACGGAAGAGGCUGAGGAGGCAAUGGACACAAUGAGACCUGCAGAAACUUGCCAUAGCAGUAAAAAUCAAAGGGAACCAGAAGUUCAAGAGAUUUGCCUUGAGAGCCCUGGACCGAUCAAAGUUGAAAAAGACAGCCCUCAGAGUCCUGAACCAGUGAAAUCCCAAGACGAUAGCCCUCAGAGUCCCGGUCCAGUCAAAUGCCAUGAUGACAGCCCCCAGAGUCCUGAUCCAGUCAAAUCCCGGGAAGACAACCCGCAGAGCCCUGAUCCAGUCAAAUCCCAGGAAGACAACCCGCAGAGCCCUGAUCCAGAUUUCUCUAGUGGGGGUACUGGAGAUUGUGCUUCUCCUAAGCAUGUUGACAAGAUAAUAGCUGUUCCUCAUCGGAGCAAGUUUGCAGCUGGCAUUGUUCCAUUUGAAGAUACACCAGAAUUCACUGAAGUUGCUGAAGCCACAGGGACAUACCUUAGGAUCAGAGACUUACUUAAAAGUUCCCCUCGAAAUUUGGCAAAGAAAAAAUAAUACUAAUGUCUUGUUCUGAAAAACACAAGGGUUCGUGGAUAUUUUUUAAGGAAAAACUUCAAUUUUCAUUUUCAUCUCCAUCCUAUCAAGCUUUUUUUAUAGCUGUUUUUUUUUUUUUUUUUAACCAAAUUGAAUGUCUAUGCUGUAUAUACAUUUGAUCUGUAAGCAUACAGUAAGGGGGGGGCAGUUGGGGAUGAUGCAACAGUGAUGGUUCGAAGGUUUGGAGUAAAAAGUCUCUGAUUUUUUGGAGUAGUUGUGUUACUUGGCCUGUUGGUUUUUAUUGUAAAAUUUGUAAAAUAGCCAUUUCCUGAUCUGUCUUAAUUAUCAUAUCCUGUUGUUUAAAUGGCUUUUUCUAUUUUUGUCCUCCGUGAAUUGCUCUAAAAUCAUUAAGUAAACCUGCUGGAAUCUGCUUCAGUGCUUUAUUUCAUCUGGUGACCUUACCUAGAUGUGGGUUUGAUUUCAUUUUGCUUUAUGUUGGUUAUGUUGGUUGUUCAAAUCUAUUUAUUCGAUUUAAAACAACUUUAAAGGGGCAAUAUGAUGUUGUUAUUGUUUAUACUUGUUUUAAAUUUAACUUUCUUUUAAGUCAAGAGAAUUUCCCAAUAUAAUGAAUGUCAGUUGUGUUUCUUAUGAUUGCUCAGUCCAUCUUUCAAACUAUUAAUACAUACAGUGCACUCCAACACGCCCAUGCAUAUAGAAUACUUUCCAUUAGAUUUGUAAAUGACUUGCACAUACCUACAUACAUAUUUAUGCCAAUAUACAUGCACACACAAGCACAUAUGUCUGGGUGUGCUGAAUCUCCAGAGAAUGACAAUGACUUAGCUUUAUGCAAAUUCCUGUGAAAAUGACUAUCUACACUCAUGCCUUUUGUUAUAAUGCUUAUCUUGCUGUAUGUUUACGUUAGGUCCAUCUAAAAAAGAAAUCUGACCUAUCUUGGAAUUCAGAUAUGUUUUUCCCCAUUGUUUUGCUGAAUUCUGACUUCCAGUUGUUUUUCAGAAUUUAGAUCUGAUUUUAAAAUACUGGCAUUACAUUCUUAACUUUAAAUCCCUUCUUAAAAUUCUGAGCUUAAUCAAGCAUGUUUUACACAAAUCCCAAACUCAAAUGUGAAUUGGGUCUUAUUUUUAAUUACAGACAGCAUAUAUUUUCCUUUAGAAAAAGAUUUUAUGC